AUGUUGAGGGUUCAUAGAGAUCUGCUGAAAUCUCAAUUCAAACUUAACCAUACCAGUAGGAGGUUUAUUUCGGACAAGUUUGAAGUGGGCGAUUAUGCCAUCAUUACACCACUGAAAAAAUCAUCAACUAAAAAAACAUGGUUAACUAGACCUUUAAAAGACUCACCGUCAGCUAAGGCGAAUUUGAACUUUGGUAGUAUUCCACAUUCGGAGUUGUUAAACUCCUCUCCGAUGGGAAAAGUCCAUACCAUUGAAACACGUUCCCAGCUUGCUAAAUAUGUAUGUUCUCGUCCGACCCUUGAACAAUGGAUUAAUUAUUCCAAGCGAAUGGCAGCUCCAAUUUACUCCUUGGAUGCACAAGCAAUAGUUUCCUUGACGGACAUGCACAUUGACUAUCCGGAGCCGCCAACAGAAGAUGGCGCAACGGUCACACCGUUACAAUUUUUAGAGGCCGGUACUGGCCACGGUAGUUUGACCAUGGCUAUUUCGAAAGCUUUACAUCCAGCUAAUGCGUUAGCACAUUAUUCCAAAGAUUUGAAUUUGCGUGGUGCUGUCUUGCACACUAUUGAUUGUGACAAGAACCAUAGCAUAACAGGUAAGAGAACUGUGAAAGGUUUCAGAAGAGGUAUAUAUGAAAAGAAUGUUGAGUUCCACGUUUGUGAAAGUCCUAGUAAGUGGAUUGAAUCAGAGGAAGGUCAUAAUUGGAUUGGGAUAGAGAAAAUUUCGAAGAAACUCCAGAAUCUAGACUAUGACCCUGAUGAACCAAAUGCGUUUUUAUCUGGUAUUUUUCUAGAUAUGCCAAACUAUCAUGAGGAAAUGAUUAAAUUGACCCCAUACUUGAAAACUGGAGGGUUUGUUGUAGUUUUUUGUCCAAGUAUUACACAGAUUGUAGAUGCGAUAGAACUCAUUGCAAUUAAGAAUGAAGAAUUGUCUAAAUUGGAUCCACCGAAUUCUCUACAUUUAGAGCAUGAAAGGACAGUUCAACUGUUGGAUGGAGCAGGGGGUGGUUUGAAAGAAUGGGAUACAAGAAGAACCAAAAUUAGAGCAACAGGUAAAACGGCUUAUUCUGUACGCCCGAAAGUUGGUAUUAGAACUGUCGCAGGUGGUUUUGUCUCUAUAUGGAGAAAAACAGGUAAAGAUGUUAAUCUUGAAAUGGAGCUUGAUUUGAUUGACAACUAUGAACCUAAACCUAAAGAAGAAGCUUCUCCUGUUAAACAAGAGGAAAAAACCUCUGCGGGGGAACUUGCUAGCAAAGCGUUUCCGGUUAAUUCCAACUCUUCAUCGGAAAGGAAGUUAACAAAAGAAGAAAAAUUAGCACUGUUUUCUGAUGACCUUCUAUCUUCAACAUCAGACGUUUUCCAAGAAAUCGAAGAAGCCAAAGAAAAUGAAGAGAUUUUGGAAGAUGAAUUAGCCACCCAAUCUCAGCUUGAUUUAUCUACAGUAAACCAAGACUUUAAAGUUGAAGAGGCUACGCUGAUUCCACAUUCAGUCUUGCAUACUGUUUAUCGUUCUCAUCAUGGCGACCCUGACGUAUAUGCAGGAUAUAUGGCGAAUGUUUAUGCGCUCGAAACUAUGGUUCCUGACGAUUUAAUUGAGGAAGUGACAUAUGGGGGCGAAGUUAAGGAAGCAAGAAACCCGGGGAUAACAGAGGCAUCUGGUGUGUCUGAGUCAGCAGGGAAAAAAACAAAUGUGAAAAAGACAUGGACAAAACAUAGUCUAUAG